AUGGACUUCGACGUGGUAACUAUAAGCUUUUGCCUGGAGGUAGCGUGCCCUGACCGGGAGACCUACUCCGCUGCUGUACGCAACAUCACCCGCCUACUCAAGCCGGGAGGCACGCUCGCUCUCGCAGGAGUCACCAACCAGACCUUCUACUCCUUCGGUGGCUACAAGUUCUUUACCCUUCAUAUCGACAGCAGCUUCAUGAGGGAAGUAUUUGAGAAGGCGGGAUAUGUCGAUAUCAAUAUCAAGUCGUUCCCGGCUACAAAUCCUGAGAACAACACCGUCUCCGACUGUGACGGGCUCGUUGUUCUCCAUGCUCGUAAGGCAGAGAUUUAG